UUUCAAGCAAUUUUUCUAAUCCAGCCACUACCAAACAUAACUAAACAACUACUUGUUCUAGACUUAUAUAUAUAUCUUAAAAUUUGAAAUAUCUGCAUUACAUUGAAGUUUUAAAAAUAAAAUACAAUUUAAGCAAUGACAAUGGAAAAAGUAGGCGAUGAGAUAGCUAUUGAAGUUGAUCGCUUGUCAAAGUUGGGAAUGCUCAAACUUCAACAGGGCCAACACCAAAAAGCAGCAGAAGUGUUUAGAAAUGCUUAUCAUUCUGCCAUUUCUGUUGGUCAGAAUAAUUACAUGCAUAGAGCCUGUGCAUUUAAUCUAGCAGCUAUCCUUAUAUCAACACGAAACUUCGCAGAUGGCUUAAUAUAUUUACACCAGGCUGUGCCCCCUGAAGGGUGUUCUGAUGGCAAAUCUAAUGGUGACCUGUAUUUCAAUUUUGGCCUGGCAUAUGAAGGGAUCAAAAACUUGAUAGAAAGUAAACAUUACUUUGAAAAAGCACUUGAAGAAUAUAAACUAGAAGAAAAUAACCAAAGAAUGGAAGCCAAUACAAUACACAGGCUGGGGAAAUUAUGUGUUGAAAAUGGACUGUUACAGGAGGCAGAGUCGUGGAUAACACAGCUAAUAGAAAUUUAUGACAGGAUUGGAGAACGUGAUAAACAAUUAAUGGCACAAGUUGAAAGGGCCAACCUGUUACAUAAAAUGGAAAAGGAUGAUGAAGCUAUUGUUAUAGUUGAUUCAUGUUUUGAAGAAACUAGCAAACGCACUUUAUCAGAAACAACAGGAAAACUCUACAAUGAACUUGGUUUAGCUUACUCGGUUUUAAUGAAAUAUGACCAAGCUCAGAAGUGUUAUGAAAAAGCUUUGCAAGUCCUUCAGUCGUCUGAUGAAGAUCUGAGGUUAGCUGCUGUCAUACACCAGAAUCUUGGAGCUCUUUACAACCAAAUGGGUCUCUAUGAAGAUGCUAUGAAGUUUCACCAGGAAUCUGUGAAGAAACAUGGUUUUUUGAAAAACAGAAGAAGUCAGGGCCAUAGCUUCAUCAAUAUGGGUUACGCUUACAGUCAGCUGGGAGAAAUCGACAAAGCAGGGGAAAGCUACCUCCAUGCAUUACAAGCUGCAAGGGACAGUGAUGAUACCAAAACAGAGUGGCAGAGUUUAGAGUCUCUGGGAGCUGUGGCAUUUAAUCAAGGUAAAAUAAGUUGUGCUGAGGAAUAUUACAAACAGGCUCUGACUGUCAUUUACAAGUCCUCCACUGCUGGAGAUAAAGUCAUUCAGGAGCGGAUACUUGGUAAACUGAUCAACAUAAUCAAACUUCAGAAUGAGAAGCCUGAAAUGAAAGGUCCAGAUUCUGCUGCUCAUGCAGAGAAGUCAUCACCAGAAAGUAGAACAGCUCUUACAAGGCCAAAAAGUGAAGAUGGAAGUGUUAUAGCUAUCAAAAGAGAAGGAAAAGUCAAAUAUCUUAAAGUUAGGAGGUCAGGAACACUCCGCAGAUUUCGUAAAGUUGCGCUGGGGAUAGAUGCCAACUUACAACUGUCAAACCUUGACACAUCACAGACACUCAGUAGCCAGCACCAAGAAUCAGUUGACAGAGCUUUAUCAGGCCUUGAUGUUUAUGAGGAUAAAACCAUGGAAGAAAAUAUUGAUGAGGAAGAUAUAGAAGAAGUUAUUGAUGAUGAAGAUAUUGAGGAAGAAGAAGAAAGUGAUGCGGAUAAAAAAGAGGUUCUUGCAUUGAUGGCUAACAUAAAUGAAAGAAAUCAAAGUGAAACGCCAGAAAAUAUUGAAUACAAAGAAUCUGCUGGUCAUUAUUUUAAGGUGGAUAAAUCAGAAGAUGAAUCAAGUGUUGAUAGCUCAGGAACCUAUGACAGUGUUGACACUAGUCGGAUUAAGGACCCACCUAACAGAUCAAGUCCACCACCUGUUCCAAGUACAUUACCUCCACCAACUCUACCACCAAGAACUUAUGAGAUACCAAACAUUAGUGAAUUACAUUAUGAAACAAUAGACUUUUCAUCGCAAGCAAACAGAGUGAGAAGUGAAGCUUUAGAAAACAUGAAUAAGGAAUCAUCACAAGUCUACAAGGGAGACAAAUGCAAUUUUUUCCAGUCUGAGGUGGCAGAAGGCCCCAGUAUUAGAGCAGAAGAAGAAAGGAUGGACACAAUAGAAGAAGCCAGUCAGAGUUCUAAGGAAGCUGAUCAACAGCUAUUAGCUCCACCUAGUGAAUUAGGUCCGAAUGAAGUAGAUGAUUCAGGAGAAAUAAAGCUGAACCAGUUGUCUAGAGCGGAAAGAGAAAUCAUUUUAUUUCAGAAACAUAAUGAACAUAGGAACCAAAAGAAGACAGAAGUAGAAGAAAAACCAGAUCAGAAAUCUUCUAGGCAUUGUUUACUUAUGUAGAACAGAAUGGAAGUACUUGAGUGUUUCCUCAUCAGCUUUAUGCUGCCUUUAAAUUUUCUUGUUUUUUAACCCUGUAGACAGUGGUUUCCUUAAAUUGUUUUGUUAUCCGUCCACCUGCUGGAUCAUACCAUUUUUUAAAUGCCACCAGUAUCAAAGUCCAACUAAUGUAUAACUCGCAGGUAGUAAAAUGUCAUUUUGAUUUCAAAGUUUAACCAAAAUAAUACCAUGAGCAAAUGUUACCUACCAGCAAUUCAAAUACAUAUAUUACUAUUUAGUGGAAUAAAUCUAAUUCCCUUAAAAUAGAAUAAAAGAGUUGAAUUUCGUCUGUACUUUAUUUGUAUUACAGUGAUUAACUAAAUCCAAUUUGCAACACCUAAAAUUACAAGCUACAAAAUAUAAGUUAAAUAACUUGACUGUUACCAAUCAGAAGAGGAUAUUCUUCUAAUUGCAUUCAUCUUA